AUGCCCCCGACGGUCAGCAGCUUGGACGAGUUCAUCGCCACGGCUUCUCAGGCCUGGAAUCCAGACGAGCAGAUGCGCAAACACACCCUCCCCACAGGCGAGUCCGUCCACUGCGCCCUCUGGAAAGGCCAGUUCUACAUCACCGGCACCGAUAUCGUGCGGGUCGUCAAGGCCCGCUUCUACGAGGCCGGUAUCCCCAUCCCCUUUCUGCGCAAGUUCGAAGAGGGUAUCUUCUCGGAUCUGCGCAACCUCAAGCCCGGCGUCGAUGCCGUCCUCGAGCUGCCGCGGUCCGAAUUCCUCGAUUUCCUGUUCGCCAACGGCUGCAUCCGCACCCAGAAGAAGCAAAAGGUCUUCCUUUGGUCCUCGGUGCGGCACAACAUGCUCUUCCAGGUAUGA